AUGGAAGAAAAUGAGCUUGAAAUGGAUCUCUUUUACGUGACGAACGAUUUGCUCGUCGUCCUCGACUCAUCAGGCAGCAUUUCGUCGCCUGAAUGCAUUAUCGCCAAAGACUUUUCGCCCGGAUUAGCACUCGCUUAUCGCGACAAUGAAGAUUCCCGGGUAGGAUUUACCAUAUUUUCCAACCAGGUGCAAACUGUGGUACAUCCGGUCAAUACGCUUACCCCGUCCGAGUCGGCGACCGCUGUGCAGGCCGCGAUCCACUUGCAAAGCGGGACUGCGACGGAUCUGGCCAUCGAAAAUGGAGCCAGUCUGCUUGCCAGUAUUGACAGAGGCGUUAUCAAGAAUUUGGUCGUUGUGACGGACGGGAUGUCGAAUAACCGUGCGUCCACGAUUGCCGGAGCAAAUGCAGCCAUUGCGCGUGGAAUUAAAACAUACGCGGUAGGAAUUGGACAUUACGAAGGGGCUGAGCUUGUCGCGAUUGCGGGCGGUGACCGAAGUCGCGUUUUCACGGUGCCCGGGUUUAAUCAAUUCCUCGCCCUCCUGAGACCAGUCUCUCUGAAGAUGUGCGGGCCUUGA